CUGUAGACGUUGGUUGUUUCCCAUCACACUUACAAUGUCCUCCGCCAGUGAGAGGAUCAAUAAGCUCGUACGGAGAAGGAAGGCCCAGAUCAUCGAGGCGAUCAUGCAUGAGCACUCCCAAUGUCAUUGUGGAGAAGCCCAUUGCCAGGCAGAGGAAGGAUGUGGAGUAGUUGAUGAAGAUGAAACAAGGACUCGGUCACCUGUCAAAGCAAGUGGGCAGUACCAACUUCAACAGCAGGAGGAGGAUAAGAAGCCUAUGGUCUCCCCGAGGAAGCGCCCCCAGCUUUCCAUGGAAGCGCCUGCUACUAGUGAGUCCGUAAAGCGAGCCAAGACCUCACCGGUCCGUCCGCCUAAGGAAAAGCUGGAUCUCCAACAGCCACUAGACUUCGGAAAGAAGCUCUCUCAUACGGACGCUACUGUCAGAGUGAAGGGUUUCAAGAUGCUCGCUAAGUGGCUCGGUUCGCAUUGGAAGGUCCUGGACGAGAACGAUGCUCGGAAGCUCUGGCGUGGCCUUUGGUUCGUCCUAUGGAUGGCUGAUGGUCGGGGGGUACAGCAAAACACUGCUGCUCAAAUGGUGCAGCUAUCUAGAGUCUUCACAGACGAGGCCGCCUACGUGCUGUGGUGGAAGGCCUUCUGGUUUACAGUCAACGAGCAGUGGGAGAAGUUGGACAAGCAUCGUAUCAACAAGUACCAACUCCUCCUACGUAUUGCAUUGGCUGAGCUCAUGAACCACUCCAUCAAGGUGCAGAGCAUCGAAUCUCUUCGAAGACUGCUGGAUGAGGAUCUCCUCGAUAAGAAGAAAUGUACUCCUUCUGUGGUGAUGCACUGCGCCCGAGUGUUCUGGGAGGAGUGGGCGGCCGAAAUCAAGGCGGCUAACGAUGACUCCAAAACCGCUGUUCUCAACACGGACUUCACGUUGUUACGACCCUGGUUGAAAUGCGUCAGGGUUUGCAGUGUGAAGGCAGUCGUUGACGAGGUCUAUCUCUCUCUCCUCCUCAAGACUCCAGUGAAGGCAUGGCUUCCCGAGGUUCGUGUGUGGAUGUACAAGAUAGGCGAGAAUAGCCGCACUGAGGAUAUGCAGCGCGAGGCGGCGUAUGCUGCUGUGGACAAGCUGGAGAAGCGGAUGAAGAACGAAGGCGUCCCGAUCGUCGAUUAGCCCGAGCCUCCACAACUAACGUCAAACGUCCUAUACCAGUAUCACUGCUGUUCGCUUUCCUCG